AAAAAUGAUACCCUUAAUUUUGACAAUAUGGGUUAGCAGUGUUGAAUUGAUUUAGGCAUAUUAUAUUGAGAUGUGUGAUGAAAAUUCUACAUCAAAUUCAUAAAAUAAAAGAAAUAGAUUCUGUAUCUACAAAAUGACAUAAAUUGUGUAAAGUUAGAGAAGAAAAUUUGAAAGAUGACGGAAUUGUCGGAAGAUAACCUCCGUAACCACUUAGCCACACAACAUGGUCACUUCGAAAAAAAGAGAUCCACGAGUUUUAAGAGUGAUAAAGAUUCUGAAGAAAGACGAACUCCUACACAACGCGGAAGUGCUAAAUUGAAAAGAAUUUCGUCAUCUGCAAAAAGUGCGAAUUCCUUAUCGUCCAUUGAAGACAAAUUUAGUGCAUUAUCAACAUUAAUACAAGAUAGACUGCUUAUAACUGAAUUUCCCGGUAGAAAUUCAGCUGCAGGACGUAUUAAUGACGAUGGAGCCUUUGAAGAAGAAUUUCCCGACGAAACUCCGCCUUCCGGUCGUGUUACUAAGGAAGGAGAUUAUGACACUGAUUUGGAGAUGGAUUAUGACGAUUGGUUACACGCAGAAAAAAAUCUUAUUGAAGAAGAUAAAACCGGUGAACGAAAGUAUAUAGACAUUUGUAAUAAAACGGGUGUUAUACCGGUUUCUUAUUUUGUACGACACAUACAGAAUAAAGAAUUCGAAAUGAAAUAUCAUGGUCUUGGUCCUCUUGGUGCUAAAGCUAUUGCUCUUCCGCUCCGGUCAAAUAGAAAGAUAGAAAAAGUUAAUAUAGAAGGAAAUUGGAUUGAAAGUCAAGGUGCAAUAUACUUAGCUCAGAUGUUAGCCAAUAACAUUUACCUUACGGAACUGCAUUUAGCAGAAAACAAGAUAGGGAACGAUGGAGCAAAGGCAAUAAGUGAAAUGUUACUAAAGAAUGAUAUGAUUCAUACAGUUGACCUCUCUGGUAAUGAUAUCGAUGACAAUGGUGCAGAGUUAAUUUGUAGUACUCUUAUGAAAAACACAACAAUCAAACAUGUGUAUUUAAGCAAAAAUUCAUUUGAAGAGCGUGCAGCUAUAAGUUUUAAACACGUGUUAUUACAUAACGAAAGUUUAGAUACAAUAGACCUUAGUUGGAAUCAUAUCAGGACCAGAGGUGCUAGUGCUAUAGCGGAAGGCCUACAGGAAAACUUUGGUUUAAAAACCAUUAAUCUUGCUAUGAACGGGUUUUCUAUGAUGGGAUCGGAAGCCAUUGGAAAGGCAAUUAAACAAAAUAGAACUUUGAGAUCUCUAGACAUCAGUCACAACAGAAUCCCACAAGAUGGUGCCAAACAUAUAGCCAAAGGACUUUCAGAAAAUGAUGGCUUACAAGAGCUGAAGAUUGGCAGUAAUCCACUCGGAUCUGAAGGUCCCUUGAAUAUUCUCCAGGCAAUCGAGAAGAAUGACAUUUGUACUGUUACAGAACUAGACUUAUCUAAUGUAUUGGUCACAGAAGAGUUCCAAGAGCUACAAGACAAAUUAGAAAAAGACAGAAUUCUGACAGUUACACACGGUGGUAUAGCUGGAGAAGUGUAUAAUAUACAAACAAUAACAUUUGAUCCUUUACAUGAUUUUCGGAAGAACCCGGUCGGAAUGCUUCGGGAUAUUGCAAAAGAGGCUGGGUAUCGAAUGAUCGACUUAUUUAAGGAUUUCGAUAAAGAUGGAAACAGUUACAUUAGCAAAGAUGAGUUCGUAAUGGGAAUUAAGCGAGCCGGGAUGCAAGUCAGUGUUCGGCAGAUAGAAGUGAUCAUGGAGAAACUCGACACCAAUAAAGAUGGCUGUGUAGACUAUGCGGAGCUUAUAGCCGCAGAACGAGAACUUCGGAGAAAUAAAUUGGAACAGAAUAAUCUAAAGUUAGACAGGAAGAAUUCACAACUUGUAUGAAAAUCGACAAGAGUCUGAUACAGUUUUUAUCUUCUUUUUUCUUUAAGGAUUGUUGAUCAUGGAUAAUUUAGCAUUUAUAUCAAAUUUCAAUGAGGUCUUGUUUAAUACUUUAUCAUUGUAUAUUUUGAUGAAUAUUAUCAUACUUACUAUCUUGCACUUUCAUCUUGAAUCAAAUUAUCUUUUAAAUGAC